AUGGACUACGAGAGCCAGCAGCAGCAGCAGCAGGCCGCGGCGGGGCCCGGCGGGCCCGCGGGCGCGGGCCCAGCGGGGCCUGCGGGCGGGGGCGGCGGGACGGCGGGCGGGCCAAGCCAGCUGCACGUGCAGCAGUACCAGAGACACGUCGGGGGGGAGCUGUACGACGCGAAGUACGUGCCCAACGUGCCGGUGCCGAUGCCGAUGAGCAUGUCGACGUACCCGACGCCGUCGACGACGCCGUACUACUUCCACGAGGACCCGCACUCGCAGGUCGUGUACCACCAGCUGCAGCAGCAGCUGCCCCACCUGAUGAGCCAGCCCCAGGGCGGCGGCGUGGCGGCGCAGCAGCCCUACUACUCGUGGGGGAUGCCGCACUCGUACCAGUACUCGGUGGUGCACGCGCAGGUAGCGCCCGGGCAGGGGCCGGGGCAGGGCGCGGCGCAGGGCGGGACGCAGUACGCGCAGCAGGUCGCGAUCCCUCCGCCCGCCGCGGGACUGGGCGGGAUGGGUGCAGGCCAGCUGAUGGACCUGAACUCGUUCGAGAAUAUCCACAAGUGCCACUUCUGCGAGAAGGCCUUUAAGCGCAAGUCGUGGCUGAAACGGCACCUGCUGUCACAUUCCACCAUGAAGCCGUACAGCUGUCCGUGGUGCCACUCGCGGCACAAACGGAAGGACAAUCUGUCCCAGCACCUGAAGCUGAAGCACGCGGAGAUGCUGCUGGAGCGUCUGUCGUCGAACCCCAACACACCCACCUCGCUGAUCAACCGGCUGCAUAGCAGCGACGCCGCUGCAGGGUCUGCGGCGGCUGCCGCGGGCACCCCUGCGGCCUUCUCCAUCAAGGACAUGAUCGACUCCGGCAUGCUGAGCAAAAACGAGGUCAAGAAGACGCUGAACUCGCUGAUAAACCCGGAAGUCGGGGACUCCGCGUCCCAUCACCAGCUAGGGCCCAGCGGCGGCGACGGCGCCGGGAUCUCCUCGCUCUCCUCCUCUGCAUCUUCAGCUUCGUCCGCUUCCGCGGCCACGGCGGCCCCGAUCAGCUCGAGCGUCAGCUCCGCCGGUCACGCGACGUCUGCCGGCCACGCAGCUUCUGCUGGCACCAGCUCCAUCCCGCCGCCCCUGGCCGUGUCUGUAGCCCCCGCCAUCGCGGGCUCCGGCGGGCUUGCCUCCAUGGGCAACCUCCACCCCUGA